ACAAAAACAAUCCACCCGGGCGUCCAUCUUGAAUACAGUAAGCCAACGGUGACUGACAGCAACGGAGAGGGAAAUCGGGAUAAAUUGAGUUCCGACCGCUCUAAAAAGUCAACCGACCGUGAGCACCGGGACAAUACAUAUUGAAGGAUUACAUUUAGUGACAUUAUCUGGCAAUUCCGUCUCAUUUUUGGCGUCAUAUUCCCGACGGGGCUGUUGAAGUUAUUUCGGAGGCUGUACGUGCUAAGCUUUAUUCAGCCGUCGAAAUCUCUUAGUUUAAAACGACUGUUUGUUUUAACUACAUACCUUAGCAGUUCUGGAGACGCUUUGUGAGGUCGGGAAUUGCAGGUUUGAGUCGUAAACACCCGAUUGAAAUGUGGAAAUAACGCGUUUGGCCAUAUUUAAGUCCUUCACUGUCAACUUGAGCUCGCGCUUGCGCUGAAACGUGCGCGUGACCCCAUUUAUCUCACUUUAUCUAUGAUCUGGUGUAAUACAUAUAUUUAAAUAUUAAGCGUGAUGUGUAGAUAUCGUUUUGGAAUGUUAACUCCUUUUUAUCUCCGUGAAUGUGCAUGCAUUUAGUGAACUGCCAUAUACUUUUCAGGUUGUCUGGAGGCAUUGCUCAGUUCCUUUGCAUUAACAACAAUAUAUUGACCUGUAUAUUUUAUGGCGGGUUCUAUGCAUAGGUUGUCCAGUUGUUCCGAUCACUGGGGUUGGGAGCUGGCCCAUUUACUGAAACAGCUUAUUGAACGGGCUCGUUUAUUCUGAGCGCAAGACAGGGCAACAUUGUAUAGAUACAGUAUUCGUACCCAUUGGAAUUUCUUAGUUAUUGAUAUGGGUUUUAAAGCAAACUGCAUGGACAGUCAUAGAUCACUCUGUUUCUAAAAGCUCGUCUGCUUUGAAUGAACUAACACCAGUGGACACUUAAUGUCGGUUCUAAAUCUAAAAAUCAAAGGACUAUAAACUGGCAUUGGAUUUGUGCAUUGCCAUAUAUCACUGACUCGGUGACAUGGAUGUGUUUCACUGACUGCUGAUCAGCGGUUCGAGGGGAGCCUUGAAUGCAAAGACUUUGGAAUUUUGUAGGACAAAACAGAAGAUUGAAAAAUGGGACCUGCAACGAAGCUGGCGUUUGGAGUUUUCCUUAUUUCCUGCUCCUCAGGAGGGGCUUCUGGACCAGCAGAAUAGAGCAGUUUCCCGGGCUGUACUCAAAACAGCUGCUUUCAUGAAUGCUACUUUAUCAGGCAUUAUAGGUGCCAUUCUCGGCCGAUCAGAGACAAAAGAGUGUGUGUUCUACAACUACAAUCCCAGCUUGGAGAACCGAGGAAACCGCAGCGGUAUUGAGUCUUGCGUGGGAGAAAAGGACAAGAGGCUUCAUUGCUUCGCAACUUGGCGAAAUGUGUCUGGAUCGGUUGAAAUAGUAAAGCAAGGCUGCUGGCUUGAUGAUAGCAGCUGCUAUGACAGCACUGAGUGUGUUGAGAAAAAGGAGGACCCGGAUGUGUUCUUCUGCUGCUGUGAGGGCAACAUGUGCAACGAGAAAUUCUUCUACAACCCUGAAAUGCCGCCAGUUCAGAGUAAGGCUCCCUUCAACGACACAAACAGCAAAGUCUUUAAGGCAACAUCUAAAACCUUCACUCAGACGCCACCUCUGUUCAGCACUGUUCUCUACUCCAUCGUGCCCAUCAUGGGCAUCGCAGCCAUUGUCCUACUCUCCUUCUGGAUGUAUCGACAUCACAAACUGGCGUAUCCGCCUGUUCUGGUGCCUACCCAGGACCCUGGACCCAUGCCCCCAUCUCCCACCCUGGUCCAGAAGCCACUACAGCUGUUGGAAAUCAAAGCUAGGGGGCGCUUUGGCUGUGUGUGGAAGGCUCAGCUGCUCAGUGACUAUGUGGCAGUAAAGAUUUUCCCCAUUCAGGACAAGCUCUCAUGGCAGAACGAGUAUGACAUUUACAAUCUCUCUGGCAUGAGGCAUGAAAACAUUCUUCAGUUCCUCGGGGCAGAGAAGAGAGGAAGCAACCUGGACAUCGAGCUGUGGCUCAUCACGGCUUACCAUGAGAAGGGCUCCCUGACUGACUACCUAAAGGCAAACGUAGUGACGUGGAACGAGCUGUGUCACAUUGCUCAAACCAUGGCUCGGGGCCUGGCUUACUUGCACUCGGACUUUCCAGGACACAAAGAUGGCCACAAACCAGCCAUCGCCCACAGAGAUAUUAAGAGCAAGAAUGUGCUGCUGAAGACAAACCUGACGGCCUGUAUAGCUGACUUCGGUCUGGCUUUGAGGUUUGAGGCAGGAAAGUCAGCUGGGGACACACAUGGCCAGGUGGGAACCAGACGGUACAUGGCCCCAGAGGUACUGGAGGGAGCCAUCAACUUCCAGCGAGAUUCUUUCCUCAGGAUAGACAUGUAUGCGGUGGGACUGGUGCUGUGGGAGCUGGCGGCCCGUUGCACUGCAUCUGAUGGUCCAGUGGAUGAGUACAUGCUUCCGUUUGAGGAGGAGGUGGGCCAGCACCCCACUCUAGAGGACAUGCAGGAGGUGGUGGUCCACAAAAAGCUCCGGCCCACUUUCAGGGAGUGCUGGCAGAAACAUCCGGGUCUGGCCAUGCUGUGCGAGACAAUAGAGGAAUGUUGGGACCACGAGGCUGAGGCGCGUCUCUCCGCGGGCUGCGUCGAGGAACGUGUGAUCCAAAUGCAGCGGCAGACCAGCGUCUCCGCCCCGGAGGAAAUAGUCACCGUUGUAACCAUGGUGACCAAUGUGGACUAUCCCCCUAAGGAGUCCAGUCUAUGACUAGAGGAUAUCAGCAUGUGAAUUGCGGCUGACCGAACAGAAAAGCUGUGUCGGAGAUGGUGGUGGACUGCUGUUCUGACGGCUGGCUUCAGACAUGCUGGAGGAUUGUCCUGUACUUAAGGCUGGAGCAAAUGCAGAAGAUGCAUUUUGUGCCGAAUACCUGGAGCCAGCUACGUUAUUGUAUCUGUCUGUAUACUAGUACCACGUGGCGCUCUGGUAAGGACGGAUGGAUUAUAAGCCGAACCUCUUUGUUGUCGUUUCUCUGCUCGGAGAAUAAACUUUCACGUUCAAGGAGUAAAGGAGACUUCUCCUCCGCAAGGCGCUCGUGUCAUUUCAGUAUAAAAAGGGCAACGUCCAUGUAAAAAAGAGACACAUUUAAUGUGUUCCUAUGAAUGACUAUUGUAAUGCCAAUAAGAAACAGCUUUUUGAAUGUGUAGUGUGACGCUGCUGUACAGAUAUCAACAGAAAGGGUGAUGGUGAUACAACCCAAAUCAACACGCGUUUCCUCUGAAAGCUUUCAGAGUUUCUGUCAGAUAACCACCAACCUCUCGACAAGGUAUACCUCAGUUUCUCAUCCUAAUAAUACGUUUGUUUUGUAACACUAUAUGAUAUUAAAAAAAGAGGCUUUUCGAUGACCUCCGUUUGGCACGGAAGCUUUUUAAAUACGGGGAAAAACUUUUUUUAUAUGACAGAUUAUGCCAAGAAACGAUGGCCAUUCAUAAACCAGUGUUCUGCCUUCUUUCUUUUAGUUGUUCUCUGUGUUGCCCUGCUGUUUAAAAUGUGAUACUUGGGUUUUUUUUUUUAGCAUUGUGACCGUUUGUUUGUUCAAACAAAUUUUGACUUUAUCGAGACCUGUUGAGAAGAAAACAAUCCCUGAGAAUAUGAAUUUUGUGAAAAUAAUACAGAAGCACUUACCAAUAUAGGUUUGCGGUGUCCUUACAGCAUUGACAUUCGUGCAUGCCUUGUUUUCUUUUCUUUCUUUUUGUUCCUUUUGUUUUUCAAACAUUUGUAAUCACGUGGAGCUUGUGCAUGAGAUCCCAUUAGCAGUCAUGGAAACACCUUCUUUAUUAGUUCAUCUGAUGUUAUUUCCUGUCUUCGGGGGCGUCACUCUUUUUCUUUCAUUUCCAUUUUCAUUGGGAAUCCUCCAAUCUUGGUCUUCUACGGUCUUCUCACUGUCCGCUCCUGUGGUGUUGCGAGUAGAAGACCGUCCUCGUGCGCUGCAUUUGAACCGGCCUUCUCAUGAAGCCCGACCUCACGAGUGACACGUCAAACUGACUUCAGAUCAGCAACCAGGCGACCUUCUACACACUUCUACAAGAACUGUCUCUCAGUAUGUCUCAGGAAGCGUUUCCCUUUGCUUUGAGUCCUCUGGUGCCAUUCUGGUGACCCUUGUUAUAUUAUGGAUGCAAGGGCCCUUAAUAUAACACCUUAUUAGUGUGGUCAUAUUAUGUGCAAUAACAUCCUAAGCAGGGGCUGUUUCACAGCUCACAGGCCACUUCCAGUGUGGUAAAAAUACAAGCGCCUAGCAGUUUGCCUAAACCAUAAUGUACAUCACAAACUGAAGUCAACGUCAGGCUAUGCAUAUGACGCACGGUUGUCUGAGAGUAUUAAGCUAAUAAUAUGCUGUAAUGGAGAGCGAACACAUGCAGUAACUCUUUGCCGACAGGCUGACACAGUCUUUCAAACGAAAGCUGCUGCUCUUAGGCUUCAUUCACACUGCUCUGGAAUCCAAUUCGAUUCAUUUUGCGAGAGAUUUGAUCCAUUUGUUUCGGACCCAAUAUCAAUCAUUACCCUCACAGUGCAUACUAAAUGACGAAAAAACUGCUCUAAUCUGACUAAAUCUAAACCGACUGUCCACAGUGAAACUGAUAUUAAUCUGACUUCAAACCACAUAUUAAUCUGAUUUCAAUCAGGUUUGUAAAAAAAAUCUUUUUAUGUGGGGUUUUUCCUAUUUAAACCACAAUCAACUGAUAUGAAUCCGAUAUUAAAUGGAUUUCUGCUUCCUGUCCGAACAAGUCCUAAAAUAUGCUUCAGAGGCUCAUUUUGCUCUCAGUAUUAGUCACAUUGCAUCCUUAAUGGUGAAAACUGACAAUUCGGGCAGAAUGCAUUUCUAAAAAAAAAAAAAUAAUAAUUAAAACCACAUAUUAAUGUGAUUUGUAUCAUUUUUGUAAAAUUUUUAUUGUUUUUCCGCCAAUCAAACUACAAUCAACUAAACUAAUUUGAAUCAGAUACUAAAUCAGAUUUAUUCUGCCUGUCUGAAAAAUGAUCUAAUAUGAUUUGGUGGCUCAUUUUCAUUCAUUUUGCUUUCAAUACUAGUCACAUCAUCCUGAAUGGUGAAAAAAAAAACUAAAAAACAAGUAAGAUCUGAUCUGACCAUACAGACUCAACACAUUUGUAAAAACCUGAUUUUAAUCUGAUUUCAAACCACAUACUGCUGUGGUCUGAAUCCAGUUUGUGGACAAUGCAUUUCAUGUUUGUUUGUUUUAAUCCAUUCAGACUAGAGACAUCUGAACUGAUUUGAGUCUGAUACAAAAUCGGAUAUCUGUUGCCUGUCUGAACAAAUCCUGAUAUGAGAUUCAUAAAAUUCAGUGGCUCAUUUUUGGUGUGUUUUGCUUUCACAAUUCUUUUACAGUUUGAUGCAUUUGACAAUGUUCAGGUCCAUACUACAGUAUGCAAUCAAGCCCUUUCAAUGAAAGCUCUCUAUCUCUCUCUACUGUAGCAUUCUCAGCCAGCUCAUUCUGUUUUAUUUCAUCUGACUGCUGUCAGGAUGGUGAAUUAAUACAAGGGGCCAUGCCAUCUUUCAAAGGCCCUCAGUUUGACAAUGUAGAUGCAAAAUUUAAGGUCAGUCAGUUAUAAGACCAAACUGAAGUACUGGUUAAUUUGCAGGAUGAGUGCUCUGGUCUGACAGUGUCUCCCGUGAGAUUCUUGUGAUUUAACUUUCGAUUGUAAACACUACAGACGAUUCAAUAAGCUGAGUGACUGCUGCUGGCCUGUUGUGUUUUUACCAGGUGCUGUCCUGUUUCCCUGUCUGUUUUUGGUUUUCUAUUUAGGGAAUCUGGGAUGAAGGUUGAAUAAUAUGUAAAGCCAAACUUUUAAAAGCCCCGUGUUCAGUAAAGGACUCAAUUGAAAAUGCACCGUAUGUAAAUAUGAAUGUUGUUUUAGAUUGUGAAAAGUGCAUGAGUUUUUUUUCUUUUUCUUCUUUCUUUUUUUUUUAAUGUCUCAAAAAAAAAUCCUUAUUAUUAUUAAAUAUUUUAAUGUUCGUUUUGUACAUCUGUAUUUUAGUUUUAUUAAUUUAUAUCAUGGCCCAAUUGUCCUUCUUCUUUACUGGAUCAACGAGAAGUGAUGCUAUUUUUAAAACUGGUCAGAUAAUUAAAACACUAAUAAAGAAUCAAUCCUUUACCUCAGACUUCCACUCACAGCGUUCAGAAGAUUGAACACACAGUGUAGCACGCCAGUAUUGCUCCUGGGAUUCGACCAGCAGCUUCUCUCUCGGUCUUUUCUCUCAGACACUUUUUGGGUCUUCGGUGACCAUGUUUUUUUUUUCUCAACUACACCACUGAGUGAAUGUCUCCACUUUACCAAAACUCUGCAUUUUAGGUGCGAGCAGCUGUAUUACUGUUGUGCUGGACAUGCCAUUUUUGUCCAACUUUCUCUCGAGGAUUUAACGGAUUCAGGGCCUGAUCAGACGUAAUUGUUACAUAAUGUACAGAUGGAAUUUUAUGCUACUAUUCCCCUCAAAUAAAGUAUAGAGACUGCUCUCAAA